AUGGCGAACGACGAGUACGACUUUCUCUUCAAGGUCGUUUUGAUCGGAGACUCAGGCGUCGGCAAGUCCAACUUGCUGAGUCGCUUCACUCGCAACGAAUUCAACCUCGACUCAAAAUCUACCAUCGGCGUCGAGUUUGCCACCCGAUCCAUUCAAGUCGAUACGAAGACAAUCAAGGCACAGAUUUGGGACACCGCGGGGCAGGAGAGAUAUCGCGCCAUCACGUCUGCCUACUACCGAGGAGCCGUUGGUGCCCUCCUCGUCUACGACAUUAGCAAGCAUCAAACCUACGACAAUGUUACAAGAUGGUUGAAGGAGCUGCGGGAUCAUGCGGAUGCCAACAUUGUCAUCAUGCUGGUCGGGAACAAGAGUGAUCUGCGACAUCUACGCGCUGUUCCCACAGAAGAAGCCAAACAAUUUGCCAGUGAAAACAACCUCUCCUUCAUUGAGACCUCAGCUCUAGACGCGAGCAACGUCGAACUGGCAUUUCAGAAUAUCCUGACAGAAAUCUAUCGGAUCGUCUCGAGUAAGGCUCUCGACAGCGGCGAUGCAGCGCAGGCUCCAACUGGCGGUGUGAAGAUUGACAUGACUCCUUCGGGGGCACCAGAUGCCAAGGGCAACAAGUGCUGUUAG